CCGUUAUCUGAACUCUCACCUUUGAGCUUGUGCCUCCGGUCGGGUCUCAUUCGAGCAACAUUUUGCGGCUUCGAAAAUGAAAGUAUUCUUUAUGAAUGGAUUGACAACUCUUUUUCACUAGCUUAGCUUAAGCAACAUUCACUCUUUGAUACGAUUUGCGGACGCAAAUGUUGUCACAUAACAUGACCUACAUGUGUUACUCGGUGUCGGGAUUUGUUAUGCUACAUAGCUAGUUGGCUAAUCAGCUAGCUAUGAGGUUGUCGCCGCUACUGCUAACUCAUUAGCGUAAAUCAGAUGACCAGCAACCAGUUUUUUUAUCCUCCGUGGCUCACUACCGAUUUUCUUUCACAAUGUAUUUGAGCUCAAUUUUACCACGUAACGAAAUAAGCAGUCUUGAGAUAGUUAGCUAGUAAUAACAGUGAGCUAGCUAACCUGACCGUGUCCGUUUAACGUCAGUGUUGAAAGAGGUUUACAGUGUAAAGAACGGGCUUUGGCAAGUUAACUGGAAAACCAUCAGCUAGGCGGACUAGCAAGAAUACCAUUUUCUAAUAUCAACUGUUAGCGUAACGUAAGGAUAACGUUUCCAGCAACAAUGGCUAACGUUACAGACCUGCAAACAAAAUACAGCAAGUUGGCACAGGAGUACUCCAAGCUCCGUGCACAGAACCAGGUGCUGAAGAAGGCAGUUGUGGAAGAACAGGCCAACUGUGUAUCCCUAAAGGAGCAGCUAAAGCAGAGAGACCAGAGCUUGAGGAAGCAGGAGCAGGAGAUGGACAGUCUCAGCUUCAGGAACCAACAGCUGGCCAAGAGGGUGGAGCUGCUCCAAGAGGAGCUAGCUGUUAGUGAAGCCAAGGGCAAAAAGGGGAAGGUGAUCAUGAAGGGUGAUCAAGGGAGUGGCUACACAAGUAAAGGAGACUCUCCCUCACAGCAUGGUCAGGAGACCAAGAGUGUUUUUGAUGAGGACCUGCAGAAAAAGAUAGAAGAAAAUGAGCGACUUCAUAUCCAAUUCUUUGAAGCAGAUGAGCAGCACAGGAGACAGGAGGCCGAGCUGAAGACACGACUACAGGAGCUGGAGAAAGACUCCGAGCAGCACCAGGCUAUCAUAGAUGGACUCACCACUAAGUACAUGGACACAAUCGAGCGGCUGCAGAGUGACAAAGCACGUUUAGAGGUGAAAGCACAGACCCUGGAGAGGGAAGCAAAAGAGUGCAGAAUGCGAACAGAAGAGUGUCAGCAGCAGUUGAGGCGAUGCCAGUCAGAGCUGAACAGACAGGUGAAACAAAGCAGCAGUGUUAUCCAGGAGAAAGUGCCCUUCAAUGACACCAAAUUUAGUGACUACAAUAGCUUAAACGUGCCACCACACAAUCGAAGGCACCAGCUUAAAGCCCGGGAUGUUGCAGGUCAGGCCUUGAGCUUUAUUCAGGAUCUUGUGGCUGCUCUGUUGAACUUCCACUCCUACACAGAACAGAGAGUGCACAUCUAUCCCAGAGACUCCUCUAUUGAGCCCAUCUCCCCACUGAACCAGAAGUUUUCUCAGUAUCUACAUGAGAAUGCAGCCUAUGUGCGCCCCCUGGAGGAGAGCUUUCUGCAGUUACACCAAAGCAUCACAGAGGACACUGUCACAAUAUUGGAGACUGUGGUCAAGCUGAAGAGUUUUGCUGAUAAUUUCUCCUCAUACACCCACUUUCUGCAAAAGAUUCUUCCCUACCAACUGAAAAGCCUAGAAGAAGAGUGCGAGGCACCUCUUUGUACUGAUGCCCUUACUGCCAAAAACCAGGAGCUGCAAAGUGACAUGAAGAGAGUAACUUCUGUGUUUGAGAAAAUCCAGAACUACAUUAACAUUUUGGCCUUACCUAGUGUUCGUCAGGACGCCAUGCCACAGGGCAACACCUCAGCUGUCUUCACCCAGCUGGCUGCCUGCCUACACAGUCUUCACGAUACCGUUAAAGAGAUGUCAAAGCACUAUAACCAGAAAGCGGGCUUAGAGCAGGAGCUCCCCACCGUCACCCAGAAGCUCUCUACCACCUCAGAGUGCCUGCUUGGAUCUUUGGCCUCUCUGACCAGCAGCACUGGCAAGAUUGCCACUUUCUUCAGCAACAACUUGGACUUCUUCACAUCACCAGGCUACAGCCCAAGAGGCAGCACAGCAGCUCUCAACCCCUUGCAAGCAGAGAGUAUGCUGGCCAACAAAAAGAAAGCUGCUGCCUACGUGCAUGCAAUCAAAAAGCCCAGGCCACAGUCUGUUCCAUACAGAGAAGCCCUGUCAAACCGGCGUAUACUUACCAGCUCCACUGAGAGCAGAGAAGGUCUCACUCAGCAGGUGCAGCAGAGUCAGGAGAAGAUUGCUAGGCUGGAGCAGGAGAAAGAGCACUGGCUCCUGGAGGCCCAGCUGGGGAAGGUGCGGUUGGAAAAGGAGAACCAGCGCAUUGCGGACCUGGAAGCGCAGCUCGCGGCAGCUCUAGGGGGAAGUCCAAACUUACAAGCAGCUGCAGCCAGCACACUCGCACAGAGCCAUGAGGAGGCAGAGAAAGAGCAGAAAGCUGCUGGGAAAGAGACGACGCUGUGCACCAGCCUGGUUGGCAUGUUGUGCACAACACCUACAGUUGAGCAUGUUGGAGACGAGGAGUCCAGGGAGCAGCUGAUAAAGACUCACUAUAUGGCCAGAGUGGGAGAGCUCACCACCCAGCUCCAGAUUUCAGACAGCAAAGCUGUGCACUUUCACUCUGAGUGUCGAGCUUUGGCCAAAAGAUUAGCUAUUGCAGAAAAAUCACGGGAAACUCUGAGUGAGGAGGUCAGAAUGGCUAAUCAGAACAUCACACGCUUGCAGGAUGAGCUGGCUACAACUAAGAGGAGCUAUGAAGACCAGCUUAGCAUGAUGAGCGACCACCUGUGUAGUAUGAAUGAGACCUUGAGCAAGCAGAGAGAGGAAAUCGACACACUCAAACUGGGCAGCAAGGGAAAUGCCAAAAAGAACAAAGGACGUUAGAACUGCCCCCCAAAACUCUGGCUCCAUUUAGAUUCACAAAGGGCACCUUAAGAGAAGAUCUGGUCUGUGGAGCCUCCCAGCAGCGUCCAGGUGCUAACAUCACCGCCACUGUCACCAAACCACCAGACUGGCUCCUUGCGCCUCAUAUUCCUCUGCUGUCAGACAGUGGCAAUACAGAUAAACUGUAUGGAGGUUUAAAGAUGUUGGACUGAAAAAAAGCAUCUUUGUUUUUUUUUUUACCUUUUUUCUUUUCACAGCACCAAUUAUAAGAUGAUUUGCUAGAAAUAUUUUCUGAAACAGUAUCAGAAGCUGCAGCUUGACCUUUUGGCCAAAGCAGGAUGGGAGAGAAGCAACUUAUCUCCACAAGGGACAGAGCAAGAUAAACAGUUUGAAGUCAAGACUUGAAGACCAAACCCCUGUUGAUCAGUGUGUGUAUUUUUCCUGCUUAACAUAUUUGUGAGAGCAAAUGAAACUGUGCAUUCGUACUGUUUAUCUGUGGGAGCAGGCCAAUAGAGCAAAUGUUGGUGUGACUGUGUGUGUGCACAGUGUUGUCGCACUGGGCUUUACAACAUGUGAGUCUUGUUUUACAGAUUUUUUUUUUAGAUCAAAUUUGGGAUUAUUUGUGCACAUGGCUUCAAUGGCCACGUCUGUGUACAGCAUAAAUACCCCUUAUAACACAUGCAUAUGUCACAAGCUUCUGUAAAGAAGGGCUUUAAAACCUGAAUGAACAACACACUUGAAGUCAUUCCCCAUUUUGGAAAAUUUUCAAUCCUCUGGGAGUGGAGAAAAGAAAAGAAAAGAAAAUGUCUGCCUUCAAGCACUGAUUAGCUGUGUUUACCAAGACGAAAAGGGUAAGAUGGACAAGCCUGAGCUUGUAAAAUGGUGUCAGUCUGUCUCUGUGAAGUUACUUUGUAACAAUAGUAAUUUUUAUCACCAAAGUUAAUGUGGACGUGCACUGAGAAAGCUGACGUGGCACAACAGUCUCUUUAUUCAUAUUGUAAUAUGUAUGAACAAAAAGGGUUAAUGUGAAUGAAUAUACACUCUGAAAUCAUGAUUUAAUUGUACUGUUUAAUUUCUUU